AUGCAUCGGAGGAUAAUGAUGAUGAUGUCUCCCCCCUCCUCAACCCAACCUCAGAUCCAAGCUCUCUGGCCGCCCUGCAACUCUGUCCUGACUCGCCUGGAUUCAGCCAAGACUCGCUGCUGGGUUGGGUGCAGGAUCACCCCCUUUCCUUCUAGCCCCUUGGGUCGAGCUGACUUCGGGGUGUGGGUCUGGCUGCAGUUGAAGAAGUCCCCAACUUCUCUUAGUCCAGGAAAAGGAGCUCAAAUCAAAGGAUAUGCUGGUGCAAAUCAAAGCAAAUUAGGAACGUCAAAGAUAAUCUUUACAGCUGACAUGAAAGCAGAAAAAAUGAACAUUUCUGCCCCCAAAGCAGGGCCCCAGGUGUAUGAUAUGCAGGGAGUGGAUGUUACCCCGAGACCUCUGUUCCAUCCAGAUCCAGCUGCUGCAGCAAAGCCAAAUAAACUACUGACUUCACAGGAAGGAUCAUUUACAUCCGAAUUUAUCUCUUCCUAUAUUCUAUUUCAGAAUACAAUGUAUCCUAGUAUGUUCGGGCAGUUUACAAGAUCAAUUUUAGGAAGCAGUUCAAAGUCAAGUGUAUCAACUAUUGAAUCAGAUGACCUAGAAGAACCAUCCUUCAAACGGGACAGAAAGCCUAGUAGUUAUACAGACCUACGAGUUAUAAGAGCAGCACCUGGAAAAAUUACAAAAAAAGACUUGGAGGAGACUGUAGAUAUACUUCUUACAGACACGGAAACCAUCAUAUUUUUAAACUUGCCAACAGUCGUGUUCUCUACAGUGUCUGAAGAGGCGGAAAGAGUGCUUCAGAAAAACAGGAAUUAUGAAAACCUUUGUAAAAAUAGAAUAGGCAAUGACCUAUAUGUUGAAAGGAUGAUGCAGACUAUUAAUGAAUCAUUAAAGAACAAAGAUGUUCAAUGUGACAAAAUCAUAAAGGAAGAUAAAGGCAUAAUGUCCACAUCCUGGGAUUUAUAUGAUUCAUUUAAUGCUCUGGAGAUUUUAUCUGUACCAGCAAGACGAUCUCCUGCUGACACAAGAAGCAAAGGAAAUGUAAAUGCUAAAGAUUGGGACCCAAAAUUGUCACCAAGUGAAUUAGAAAAAAGCGGUGAAAGUUCUUUGAUGGAUAUGGAAAAUGUUAUUUUGGCUAAAGUCCAUGAUGAAGAAGAAGACCAGAUUGACAUACUCAUGAAAUCUGAAAAGUUUCAGCAAAACUUAUUUUUUAUGGAGCGAGUUCUAAUGGAAAACAUAUUCCAGCCCAAAUUGGCAGCUUAUCGUCAGCUUCCUAUUUUUAAAGAGCGUGAACCUGAAGAGCCUGAAAAGUUUUUAGGGGUUGAAAAAGUUGAAGAGAUUCAGGAAGAGUCAAAGAGAGAAGAGGAUGAAGAACUAGAAAUAAAUGCAGAGCCAGCACCAAUACCAGCCAAUUUGGAACGACUUUGGUCUUUUUCCUGUGACUUAACCAAAGGCCUUAAUGUGAGCAGCCUUGCCUGGAAUAAGACAAAUCCAGAUCUUUUGGCUGUUGGCUAUGGACACUUUGGAUUUAAAGAGCAAAAGAAAGGAUUGGCUUGCUGUUGGUCAUUAAAAAAUCCCAUGUGGCCAGAACGUAUAUAUCAGAGUCCACAUGGUGUUACUUCUGUGGAUUUUUCCAUCGGGUCACCUAACCUUUUAGCAGUGGGACAUUACAAUGGGAGCAUUUCAAUUUACAAUGUACAGAACAACAGUAACAACCCUGUUCUGGAUAGCAGUGAAUCUCCACAUAAACAUUGGGGACCUAUAUGGCAACUACAGUGGAUAGAACAAGAUCGAGGAACAACAGGUGAUGACAAGAGAGAAAUACUAGUUUCUAUAGCAGCGGAUGGAAGAAUCUCAAAGUGGGUUAUCCGGAAAGGACUUGGUGCUCAUGAUCUGAUGCGUUUGAAAAGAACUUCUUUUACUACCAUCAAGAAAGGACUGGAAAAGGAAAAGAAAGGGGAAGCUUUGAUCUCUAGACAGGCUCCUGGGAUGUGUUUCGCUUUUCAUCCCAAGGACACAAACAUCUAUUUGGCUGGCACUGAAGAAGGUCAUAUUCACAAAUGCUCCUGCUCAUAUAAUGAACAGUACCUAGAUACCUACCGAGGACACAAGGGUCCAGUAUAUAAAAUAACAUGGAAUCCAUUCUGUAGUGAUGUUUUCCUGAGCUGUUCUGCAGACUGGGGCAUUAUUAUCUGGCAACAGGAGAAUCUCAAACCAUUUUUGAGCUUUUACCCAACCACUUACGUUGUUUAUGACGUUGCUUGGUCCCCGAAAUCAUCCUUCAUCUUUGCAGCUGCAAAUGAGAGCAGAGUGGAGGUUUGGGACCUUCGUGUCAGCAUUUUGGACCCUCUGAUUGUGUAUGUUGCUAACCCUGGGAUCAAGUUCACAACGGUGCUCUUUGCCAAACAUACAGACUGUCUUCUCGUGGGAGACAGUGAUGGACAGGUGGCCGUGUAUGAACUAAGAAAUAUGCCUGUCACGUUGGAUACCGUCCGGAGUUUUACAAAUGAGGACCACAUGUCUGUGGGCUCCCAGGAUAUUCAAGAUGGCCAAGAUGGCCACAGGUCCAUCAAUCCAGUUGCUCACAUUCAAACUCUUCAAUGCCAACAGGAGGAUCUACUCCCCAAGGAGUUGGCUCCUUGUCUGGCACCAAGUAGUCAGUGCCAUGGAGACACCAGCAUUCAAUCCUCACUCAAAUAUUAUCAGCGGAGUCACAUCUUGUUUAUUGCUUUUGAGAUAGAGAAGCAAAAGGACCUCACCAUCCCUGGGUGGGCACGAAGAUGGCAAAUACUGAGAACUGUCACCCUGGGAAAACAACCAAACCUCCACAGUGGAGUACGACUCUGUAUUCCUGAGUUUAAUCCUGAUACUUCCCUUUUGAUUCUUGGUGACACAACAUCCCUACAGGAUCCUCGUUCCUCUAAGGCUGAUUAA